AUUUAGUGUUCGUGCUGUGUAGAGGCAUUAAAAUCAAAUUUUCUGUUAUUUUCCGCAGUCGGUACACCGCUUCUUUACUCAGUGUUUUUUUUUCUGUUGGGCUGAACUCUCAUACCGUUCUUCGUCGGCGUUCAGGAUCCUGUACGGUUUUAUACCAGUGGACCAGAGUGUGGGGUGGUUCUACACGGCUCCAGGCUAGUGUGAACAGCAAGGUGAAGUGUGAAGAGAGAGCAGCAGCAGCAGCAGCUGUCAACUGAAAAAUUUUGUGGAUAUCAAAAAGUUAUAAUUGCAAGGCAGCUUUAGUAGUGCGCGCCAGCAGCGGACAUCAACUGCGAUUUGGUUUAAUUGUAAGUCCCGGCAAAUAUUGUCUAUCGAUACAGGCAGACAGACGGCAGAACCUCGCAGCAGGACGUCAGGUUAACUCGGGGUGACUGGACUGAGCUUCAGAGACGCGACUCCGAAGGAAAAUUCUACUCUAAACAACCAGAAGCCAUGGGUAAAGCACAGAGCAAGCGCUCGGUCGACAUAACCACAGACCCCGCCAAGGAUGGCGUCGUCACAGAGGGCACCGGCAAGCUGGAAAAGAUCGAGGACGUCGAUCAGCUCAAAUCACAGGCCAACGGCGACGCACAGCACAACGAGGGCGAUUCGGAAAAGAAGGUAGAGUCGGACGCGGCAGAGAACGAAAAGGACGCCAGCACAGAGAAAGAAAGCAGCAAAGACGGCGGAGCCGGUGGUGAUGCCGCCGCAGAAUCCGCCUCCUCCCCAAUUGCCGCCAGCUCGCCCGUGGCGGCCGACAAAACCGCAGAAACGACGGUCACGUCCGACUCGGACGCCGGAAACAAAACGCUCGAAAAUGGCAGCACCGCCGACGAAACGCUGAACGACAGCAAGGCCGCCGCCGAGGACAGCAAUAAAAAGCCCAAAAAGGUCAAAAAGAAAUGGUCCUUCCGAAGUAUCUCGUUCAGCAAGAAGGACAAACAGAAGCCCGCCAAGAAGGAGAAGGACGGCGAGGAGAAGGUGAACGGCGACUGCGAGAAAGUUCCUGAAGAGCCAACUGAAGAUGCUGCCGCAGCUGCUGCGGCCGCCACGACGAGCGCCGCCGAGCCCAAGACGACCACCGAAGCCGAAGUGACCCCGGUGAAGGCCGAGGAAGUCGCCGCUGCCACCACGGAAGUCGCCGCCGUCGCCUCGCCCGCCCAAGAGACAGCCCCUGCCACCGCGGAAGUGUCCCCGGUGACCGAAACUCCCGCCCCGGUCGCCCCGGUUGCCGUGGCCGAAGUCGUCGAGAAGGUCGAGGAGAAGGUCCCGGAGCCCGUGAAGGAGGAAGUGGUUGCGGCCGCCGCCCCCGUUGAGGAGGAGAAGAAAGAGGAGGUCGUCGCCCCGGUCGCCGUAGUUGAGGUAAACAAACCAGUCGAAGAACCUGCGGUCGCGGCGCAGGUUGUGCCGGAAGUGGCCGCGGAGUCCAAAUCCGAUACCAUUACUAGUACUACUGACACUACUGUUAGCGAUGAGCAAGUGAAACCGGUAACCGUAGUAGAACAGCCGCCACAGCAACAGGGUGGCAACAGUGACGUGCCGACGCCAGCCGUGGAGGAGAAGGAGGUCGCUGCGACCGCCGCCGCUCCUCCCGCUGAACCGUCGGUCGUCGUCGUUGAUAAUGGUGAUAGCACGCCUCCCCCUCCCCUGCCCUCCAUUCCUCCUCCCUCCCAGGUGAUGGUAUUCGCAGAAGCUUCCAUGUCCCAGGCCAGUACCGAACCCGAGCCCGACUCGCUCAACUCGAUCCCGGAGCCGGUUUCGCUGCCGGAAGAAGAGCCCAAGCAGACGGAACAGGUUGUUGUGGUAGAAGAACAAAAGACACAGGAGCCAGCGCCAGUCGUGGAGGAACCGAUCGUCGAGAAGGUGGAGGAAAAGCCGGUUGAAGCCGUCCCAGCGCCGGUCGUCGAGGAGGUCAAGCCAGUGGAAGCGGUCGUCGAGAAGGUCGAGGAGGUCAAGCCAGUUGAGGCCGUUCCAGCGCCAGUUGUGGAGGAGGUCAAGCCGGUCGUUGAAGAACCAGUCGUCGAGAAGGUUGAGGAGAAGCCAGUUGAGGCCGUCCCAGCGCCAGUUGUAGAGGAGGUCGUCCAGAAGGUGGAAGAGCCGGUCGUCGAGAAGGUUGAGGAGAAGCCCGUUGAAGCUCCAGCGGUCGUCGAGAAGGUUGAGGAGAAACCCGUUGAAGUCGUUCCAGCGCCGGUGGUCGAGGAAGUAAAGCCGGAAGAGGUCGUCGAGAAGGUGGAGGAGAAGCCCGUUGAGGCUGUCGCGCCUCCAGCGCCGGUUGUCGAGGAGGUCAAGCCGGUCGUUGAAGAACCGGUCGUCGAGAAGGUCGAGGAGAAACCAGUUGAGGCCGUCCCAGCGCCAGUCGUUGAAGAGGUCAAGGAAGUUGCGGCCGCUGUUGAGCCGGUGGUUCAGGAGGAAAAGAUUGAACCCCAGGCCAGCGAGCCCGUGCAGGCCGUCCCGUGCACACCGGAGCUGAAGGAAACCGUCACCGAGGUGGUGGACCAGAUCCUGGACAAGGCCGUCGACAAGGUCGAGGAGGUGGCCCAGGUUGAGGCCGUUCCGCUGGCUCCGGUUGCGGAAGAGCCCGCCCCGCUUCCCGCACCAACCGUUGAAGAAGCCAAGCCCGAACCGAUCCCCGAGCCCGUGUCCGCGUCCAGCGAAAUCAGCACCACAAUCGACGACCUUCCGCCGCCGCCGGCCGUUGACGAGCAGAACCUCUCCGUCGACAUUUCCUCUCCACUUCCACAGAACUCGCUCGAAUCGCUCCCAUCACCGCCCACUCUGUCCCAGAGCGACGCCAUGAGCUUACCUCCCCCGCCCGAGUCCCCCACGGCGACCACCACCGCCGAUCUUCCCGUCACUUCCGAACCUAGCGCGCUUCCCACGCCACCGACGACCCCGGUUGAGACGACGACCCAAGACGACGCACCCACGGUGACCGAAGUGAUUGUCCCGGAACAACAACCCGCCCAAGAGACGACACCAGCAACGACGACGACGACGACCCCGGCGGCAGAGGCGACGGCGGAGGUCGAAUCGAGCGAGAAGGAACAACAGGCCGUAGAACAGAAAGAGCAGGAAGAGGCGCCGGCGCCACCGCCAGCGCCGGUCCCCGCGGCCGCCGCCGACAUUGUCGUCAAAAAGCAGCUGAACGGAACGGCCCACGAGAACGGAACCGCCACCGCCACCCCGGCUGAGAACGGCAACGGCGUCGCCCACGAGAACGGAAACGGAAUCGCCCACGACGAGGAGGAAGCCGCCGUUGUCGUCGAGAAUGGCCAGAAGAACGGAGUGCACGAGGACAAGAUUGAGGCCGCCGCCGAGAGCCAGAACGGAGAUGCCGAGCACAAAAAAGAGGAGAAAAUUCCAGAGAAGGCAGCCCAGCUUCAGCAACCUCCGCCAGCAGCAGAAGUAACAGCUGAAUAAAUCUAUUGAUUAUUAUUAUUAUUAAUUAUUAAUUAAUUAAUUAUAAUCGUAACACUAAACAACACACGCGCGAGGGAGAAAGCGAAAAACAAACAACAACAGGAAGAAUCUAGAAUCACAAGCAAGCAAGCAGAGGAAAAAAAACCUACUACAAGAAAGAGGAAGAAGAUUUGAAAACGCAUUGUUGUGAUCGAAUUUAAUAAAAAGAAGCAAAAACUAACCAGCGCAGAACUUGAACGAAAACGGAAAGGAGCAUUUACCGCAACAGCAAAAGCAACAACAACAUCAACCCCCUUUCGAAUCCGCGAGCUCACGCUGCAUUUCCCUUUUAGAAAAAGAAGGGGUAAAAAGCAGUGCGUGGGUUCGCGGAAGAGACACAGAGAGAGGGGGGAAAACUUUUUUACAUAUUUUUAAAAACCUUCAAAGUUAUAUUAUAAUUAAUUUUAUAAAAAUAUUUAAAGAAAAAACUUCACACCAACAACACACAAAUACACACACUUUCAAAGUAGAAGAAGUAGCGAGUUAGAGCAGGAGAAGGAAGCAUGUAAAAGGACGAAGAUUGCUUGAGAGUUGAAACUUUACUUUUCUUUCGUUUUUUGGUAAGUUGUAAGGCAGAGGCACCACAUGUUUGUUUUAAGUUUAGCGAAAAAAAAGAAGAGGAAGAAGGAGGAGGAAGUUAAAAUGGAGAGUAAAUCUUGCUGCAAGUUUAUUGAUAAUUAUUACUGAAUGUCCAUAAUUGCAUUGUCCAUUUUUACAAAAUAAAAGCAAAACGAGAGCAAAUAAAAGAUAUGAUUGCAGAAAAGUGGGAGCGAGAAAAUUUCUUUUUCCACUAGGGAGAUUGACACGAAUCUUGGGAUAUUAUUACUGAAAGCGUAGCGGCAUAGAAGCAAAUAAUUUUGAGGGUGGGAAGCAUGGGAAAAGCUAGACGAUGAUCUCUCUCUAUCUCGUUCGCUGAAAGAAAGAAAGAAGGAAGGAAAGAAAAAACACAGUUUGAAGCAAACUUGUUCCGUCUUCUAGCUGUUCCCAGUCUUCGCUUUUUAGUAGGGCGCAACCUUAUAAAUGUAAAAGGAUCACUAUUUAUAGUUUAAUUGAUAAUUGAUAAAUUAUCCUAUAAAGCUAAACUUUUUUCGAAGAAAAAAAAUGUAAACAUAAGUGUAAGUUCUUUUCUUUUAUCUUUGUUGUAAAUUCUAUUUCAAAGAAAGGAAAAUUGAUGAAUAAAGGUGGAAACACA